AUGCGACGGGCACAUCCGGGACGUAGGGGAGCGCGAGGGGGCCACCGCGACCCACCGGAUCCGCCAUCGCUGUGACGCGCACUCGUGUUCAGCGUUCAGUUCUGACGGUGUGACGACCGCCCAGAAAUUUGACGUGGCUACUACGUAUACCCAGUUUUACCCACUCCGAGUGCAGCAAACUUGGUGACGAGGAAUACGUAAGUGGUGCCGAAAGGCUUUACAACAUGGACGCGAUUGAGGAAAAGUGCGAUCCAUUAUCGACGGCCCCAGAGAGUCCAAUAGCAUCAUCGGUAGGGACCAUCAUUAACAACAACAACUCUCAAUCCCAUCUGGUGGCAGCCACUAACAUUGUUCAGCUUACCAUUCCCCAUUCGCAGGCAAUGAUGCCCUUUAAAAUCCCACAAAAUAUGUAUAAGGAGCACACAGAUCUGAACCAAACACUGAUGCCCUUUAAAAUACCACAUAAUAUUAUGUUGAAGGAGCACACAGAUCUAAACCAAGUACAAAGUGUCAUACAGCCAAACCAACAGUCGGUCAUACAGACAGCAGCCAACAUAGCGCCUAUUAAGGGAAACGUUAUUUUACUCAGCAAACCGAAUUCUGUAAUACAGACGACGCAGGGUCUACAGGCGGUUAGGGUAGUCGAAGCUGCAGGGAGCGACGACAGCUAUUCAGAUGAAGAAUCUCCGAAGAAAAGGCGGGAUCUGCUGACGAGGCGGCCUUCAUACCGGAAAAUACUCAACGAUCUUGGCGGGGGUGAGAUUGCUGGUUUUGUUACGAUGUUCGCAGAGCCCAAGGUCGAGCAGAAUUCCUCGGAGGCUGACAGUGAGUUGUCCUCACACUCAAUCCCAUACCACACAGUUCUACCAGCGACAGCGAUACAAAUAUCAAGCGGCGAAGGCGGCCAGGGUAUUCACACCUUAACGAUGACCAAUUCAACUGCGGGCGGUGCCAUCGUUCAAUACUCACCUGGACAAGAAUUCUUUGUUCCUGUAGUGACGCAGGGCGGCGGUUUGGGCCAAGGGGGCGGCGAAGACCAAGCGCGUAAACGGGAGAUGCGACUAUUGAAAAACCGAGAGGCGGCACGGGAAUGCCGGCGAAAAAAGAAAGAAUACAUAAAGUGCCUGGAGAAUCGGGUGGCGGUGCUGGAAAACCAAAAUAAAACCCUCAUCGACGAGCUGACGGCACUUAAAGAACUUUACUGUCAACAGAAGACGGAAUGAGAAAUUGCACACGUUGUUUUUUAUUCGGUACAGUAUAUUGUACAUUUAUACGGGAGACAUGUUGUACAUUUACUUAUAGGUGACGGACACGGUAUCUCAGCUUUUAUGGGAUUUGUAGAAUAUUUCUUGAAAGAAUUUCUGGUCUUAAGGUGGGUUCUGAUUGACUGAUCUGAGUGGGUGGGAAGAGACGAAAAAUGUUAUUAUUUAAUGUUUUCAUGCUUAGGGUAGCGACAUUACUUGCCCUUAGAGCAAUUAUCGUCAAUUAACGAAACGAUUUGUUUAAAUCAAAUAGUAUGUGGAAAGGCUUGUGACAGAAUACGUGUAACUUUAACCUAAGCCAAUGUAAAUAUAAAAUAGAUAUUUUUUUUACCCAAACAACCUUUCGCUGUUUACCAAAACCAAGUUUUUUAGGGUCCUACUAUAUUUAUAUUUUUUCAAGAAAAAUCUUGUUAGUACAGACCUGCAAGAGUGCCUUGUAUAGAUGUGUAGUCCAUUUUCUAAUUUUGUAUUAAUCAAAGGAUAUGUGGUCUUCAGUUUGUAAAACUGGUUGAGGGAGGUAUACGUUUUUACCCACGGGUUUAAUUUUAUUUGAGCCAUAAUCAAGCAAGUUGAUUGGUUGUAUGAGUUUAAAGCGCUUAAAAUGAAUAACUUAAUAUGAAUUCAGAGUCUCUAAGAUUGGCCAAAAGAGUUAAGUUUUGCUAUAGAUCAAGUAUAUAGCAAAAAAAGAGCUUGACCAGAUAUUGGAUUUUAAUAAAAAAUCUUUUAAUAAAUUAUUUUUUUUUAAUGGUUAAAGAUUUUUUAGGGGAUUUUGUUAUCGCGGGUGCAACAUUUAAACGCAUUUAAAGUUUUUUACUUGUAAAAUGAAAUAAAAUUUCAAUAAAAUCCUUCUUUAAAGGAUAACAUUUUAACCUGUUUUAUUUUGAUUUGUUAAUAAGAAUUCAAUUGAAAUACAUAAAUAAUUACUAGGAAUUUUUUAAAAGCUAUCGCGGGUGCAACCAAAUUGGUCCACCAUUUUCAAGAUUCUGAACAAAAACACAAAAUUCUGUUAAAUAUUGAACUUUUAUUAUAUUAUGCCUUCAUAUUUAAAAGCCAAUACAAUAAUUAACCAAACUAAUCAUUGAAAUGAUACAAAACUUAGUAUAAUAGCAAGAAUUUUUUUACUUUUAAAGCGAUCGCGGGUGCAACAUGUCUAGCAUAAGUGAACAUAAACCUUAUUAUAAUUAUAUACAUGGCAGAAUUAUAACAUAAGAAUAAUAUGUAUUACCACCUAGCACACUUACGUGUUAUUAAAGGUUACUAUUUCUUUUCAAAUACGUCAAUAUUCGUCGAAAAUUCUAUUAAAAUGUCAUUGCCAUCAAGCUUCUUUUCUGGCACUUCUAAUUUUGCGAUAAUGUCUUUAAAUUGAACGUCUGCUAUGUCAUUUACGACUUCACUGAAGCGUUUGCCAUCAAUCGUCUUCAGAAAUUGUACUCUAACGUCUCCAUCUUCAUCUAUAUCGCUCUGGCACACACCCACAUAGCGAUAUUGUAUAACAUUUUUGCCAGACUUACAAGGCAGCUGUACCAGUAUAUACGAACCAGCGCAAAUGUCUUUUGAUGAGAGACCAGUGACAGCACUACUCGUACUUUCAGGAAAUGUUUCUGCUGGUAAUCUCGAGGCAACAGACGUGGUCGGAGCGUUAUCUUCCCAAGAUUCCUCAUCGGACUCACUAUAAACAUCGGAAACGCUGAGUUUUGUCCUAUGUGGUGUGAAGCAUGUUGUCUGAUCAGAUGCUGAAGGCACAGAUACAUUAGGACACAAUUUUUUGUCGGGAAACAAACGUAUGAGAGGUUCUAAAUCUUCAUCGUCCCAAUCACUUUCUGUAGUAGUGGCAGAAACAUCAGAGCACAGAGUUUCUUUGUCUGCUGAAAGUAGAAGUGUAGGCUCUAAAUCUUCAUCCUCCAAAUCACUUUCCCUUUCUGAGACAGAUUUUAAAACCAGUGUCCUGGACAAGAGACUGAGAAGUUCGUGACACAGUUAUGCUGUUGCCCUCUUUAGAUUUGAAGAAAUGUUUUGAUUGAAUGCCUGGUAUAUUCUUCAGCCCUUCCUAACUCUUAUCUAACAUAGCCUUUUUAGCUUCAACUUGUUCCUUAGAUACAAAUAUAAAAUAAAUGUUGGUAGAGAGACUGCGCGCAAGGUCAUAGAAUUCUUGGGCACUGUUUACGAUAGCUCUUCGGGACUUCACAGCAAUCCACACUGAUCUUUUGACACUUCCCCCGAUUCCAUCGACUGCACCUUUGCCAUGUGAGGCAGCAAAAAAGUUUCAUUCGAGGUGAGUGAAUCCAUGUUCUACCUUGAGUUUAUUUAAGCUUGCCAUUACAUACCGAUUCUUGAAUUGAGCUCCGCAAUUAUCGCUGAGGAUAUAUAUAGAUUUAAUAUUGUCGUUAAUUGACUUGAUAUACUCAAAAAAGAGUCUCUUCUGUAGUUCUCUUGUUCUCUCUGUAAGUAUCUCUUCUGUAGAAAGAGAUACACUGUGUAUUUACUGUGGUUUAAUUCAUCACUUACUAUGACCACGGAAUGAAGUUUGUCGAAAGUCCAAAUACAGCACGUAAAAAGCGUAACUUGUCCAUGAGUCCAAUGUGCUGAUUGUAUUUCGUCUUGACUGACAAGCCCAUAGUUCUCGACAAAGUCUAUUUGUACAACGGCUUUCUCGCUGGUUAGGUUUUGUUUUGCAUUUUGAAAAUACUGGGACUGAACAUUUUUAAUGAAAAAAUGCAGCUUGAAUCUAGCGGUUAUCACGUAGUUCAUCUAGCGCUGCAUCAAAAGGUUUGCUAACUACGAUCUGUUUUGGUCUCUGGUGCAGAAAAAUCCAUGCUUUCCAAUUAACACUAGGAUUUGAAUCUACGAUAAUAUCCCAAAUGUUUGAUUCCUUGCAAACAUCGCAACUGUUGGACAUGCAAUCUUCAUUAUCCACACUACAUCAUACCUGGUUCAGCAGUUCUCGGUGUGCUUUUGGGAAGUCUGUUGCAUAUUUUAAAAUUGCGAGAAGAAGGUUAAUAUAAUUUGAGUGUGUUGUACAUACACAUACAUUAUGAGGCGUAUCGUUGAUAGGCAGAAUGUGAGCCGGUCUUUCUUUGUAAAAAAGAGUUUUACCAAUCGAUGUGUCCGGGUAAGUGGUUUUAAAAAGUUCAAAGGCCUCUCGGAUGCUCAUAACCAUUGUUCUUUUCUGGAUUCUCAACUUUGUUCCCGAAUUUGACUUUAUGGAUUUUACAUCUUUUAUUCCAGGCAUUUGUCUGCUAAUAUCGUCCCUGCCAGAAAAAAUCACAAAUCUGUUUCUUGACUUCAUCUGUGAGUUUCCAAGGCUUUUUAGCGAAGUCAUUGUUUUCAGAUACAGCAAGUUGGUAUUCAGCAGCAAUUUUUUUUACAACUUCCACUACUUUAUUUGGGCUUGCUGGUAGAUUACGCCUCACUUUUGCUACUGCUUUUCCCAAUGUGCGAGGACUACUGUAGCUAGCACCUGUUUUUUUUAUUUUUUUCUUCUUUACGACGCUUUCUGCGCCUGCAUUCUUUCUCUAGAUCUGAUUCUAGCCAACAACUUCAAAUCUUCAUCUGUCUCCAUUUUUCUUUUCAUUGCUUCUCUUCGAUUCGAAUCACGAGCCCUUUCUCUUCGGAGAUGGUCUGCAUGAGGUUCAGCAUUUUCUUUUAAUUUUCUCCUAUAUUUCUGCGAAGCAGUUUCUUUCUGUGGUUCUUCUGACCUCUUAUCCAUUUUUUCUAUAAAAAAAGAGCAAAAUAUUAACUUAUACCAAGGUUUAAGUUAUUAUUUUGCUCUUAAUCAGGUUGCCUGGUUACUUUAUUAUAAAAUAUAUUAAAUGAUAUGCGAUAAUAUUUAUAGUUAAAUAGGUUGCACCCGCGAUCGUAAAAUCGCCAUCGCGGGUGCAACCAAAUUGAGUCAACGUUUACUUAAAAUCAACUUAGAAUAUAUUCCUACUUACGAUUGAUUAAAAUUUCCCUCUGGUUUCUUCUUACUAUUUAUAAAGUGUCACAACGUUAGCAAAUUACUUCUUUGAGAAAUCUAAACUUGUAUAUCUUUUAAAUGGCGGGUGCAACAAGCUAUCAAUAGCUUUUUGUAGUCAAUAAUAGUUAAAAGGUAAUAAGGUAAUAACAAGUACUUAUUUGCCUUUGCACGAACGAAUAAACGAAUGUAAACACCACAAUAUUGACUAAUAAAACAUAACCUCAAACUGUCAGUAACAGCUGUUUCACGCGAUGUUGCCACGUACACAUUUUCCGUUUUGCACCAAACCCGAAUGUAAGUGUUUUUUAACGAGCAAAAAAUUGAAAUAUGAAAUAAAUAGUCCGAAAGUAGUUUUAUUAGAAAAUAUAGAUUUUCUUCUUUGCAUUGACAUUAAAAAAAAUAUCAUUUACUGCGAUUUAUAAUUCUUCGUCAAAAAUCGUCUACAGCGGAAUCGCCCUUUAGUAGAAAAGAAAGUAUUAAUAUGGAACCUCAUAUUGUUACUGUCUAGAAAUUUGUUUUGUUUUUUUGUGGUAAGGAAGACCGGGGAUGGCCAUAUCCAAUGCCACCGCUUUUGUUUUUCCAUGCUUUUGUCUCUCAAUGGCCUUGUGACAUAAGUUAGUAUGUCGCCCGCAGAUCUGUUUUUUCUAAAACCAUAUUGUCUGUCGUUGAUGUUUUUCCAGGUAUUUUAGCAGUUUUGCGUUAAUGAAUCGGUUGCACUGCAGCGAUUUUCCAGGACGAUGGAAAAGUCCCCUGUACAUAAGAUAGGUUUUGAGACAGUCAGUCUUUUGGAGAUAAGAUUGUCGAAAAUAA